UUCACACAGCCACCGGCCCACCACUUCAGAUCCAUUCCCAUUCCCCACGCCUCCCUCUCUCUCCUCCGUUUCUUCUCUCGGUCUCUCUCCAUUUUUUUUCUUCCCCAUUUUUUUCAGCUUCUCCCUUCAAUCCGCCCACUUUCUCUGCGUCUCCCUCUUCUUGUAACCGCCACCCACCACAACGCCGGUAAGCUCUCUCUCUUCCUCACGUUCUCUCUCUCUAACUCUCGGUUAAACUCUCUCCCGUACCCUCAUCAGCUUCUCUGCACCGCUAUGUCGCAGUGAGUGCCUCCGCCAGGGUUUCACGCCUCUCUGGCCGUAGUACCGAGCCCCUGCAUCGAGCGCCAUCCCCCGCGUUCCGCUCCUUCGAUUCCAAUCUCAAGCCGCCGUCUUGCUGUGCCACCGCGUGGCAGCGGCCACCCUCCCCACACCGUCUGCCUUUGCUUCGUCGGCAGAUCGGGGCUUGUUGCCCCUCUUUGUGCUGUCGUAGUUCAGCUCCUCGCCUCCAGCCUUCACGGCCAGACCACUCGGCUCCACCUCAGACCACGGCAAACACCCAUGCCAUCACUUACAAAAGCCCCCACCCGCUGCUAACCUCCGUCGCACACAGCAUCCCCUGUUUUCGCAGCAAUCCAGCAGCAUCUUCGCAUCUGACGGUUAAUCUUGUUGGUCAAAUCAUAGAGAGCAAUUAUUCUGGUCUGUUCAAAAUACUCGAGAGGAUCUGGGCGUUGGUACUCUGAACUAAACAAGCACGUUUAAUUGUAUAAGCCUCACCACUGCAUAAACAAUGCUUUCUGGACUCAAGUUCAUUCCCCGCGACAAGAUUGAAAGGGCACAAAAUGAUGACUCGGAUGAUUCUUUAAAAGAGAAGAAAAAAUCCAGUAGCAGAAAAGCAAAAGAUGGGAUGAAAACGAAGAGUUCUAGGUACAGUAGUUCGGAUGAUGAGGACGUCCAGAGAAUUAAGAAACGGUCUAGCAAGAAGAAGUGGUACUCAUCAGAUGAGUAUUCCUCGGGUGAAAGUGCUGGCAAUUCUGACGAAGAAGAAAAUAAUGGUCGGGAUAAGAGGAAGAGUAGGAGUAAGGGUAAGCGAGGUAAGGGUGAAUUUGGGGAUGAUAGUGAUAGGUCAAAGAAGAAAUCAAGUCAUAGGGAAGAUAGAAGGAGAAAGAGCAAGGAUAGAGGGGAUCGAGAGGAUAUCACUGCAGAAGACUUUGAUGAAGGAACUACUCAUUCCAUGAAGGAGAUGGAAAUUGUGAGAAAAGAAAUGGGAUUAGAAUGGAUGCUUCGACCUGCUGAAAGGAGGGUCGAAAGGCCUGUAGUGACUGUUGACAACCACUUGGAAGAAACUCCCACUGAGGAGAUAAAUAAGGUGCAUCCCAAGGAAUUGAAUCCUUAUUUGAAGGAUAAUGGUAGUGGUUAUCCAGAAGAUAUUAACAGGAGCAAAGCUAGUGGUGACCAACUUUUAUCUUCUGUUGUUGGAGAUGGAGGUGCAAGCUGGAGACUGAAAGCCUUGAAGCGUGCACAAGAACAAGCAGCCCGAGAAGGGCGAAGGCUUGAGGAAGUUGUUGAAGAAAGGUGGGGUUCUCUUGGUCACCUGGCUGUUUCUGUAGCAUCUCGUUCAGCUGCCCCAUCUCGAGCUCAUCUACGUGCCAUAAAUGAUAGAAAGAGAGGGGAACAGCGAACAGGUUCAGACAAUCAAAGUGAGACAGUUACCAAAAAGGGGCAUGACAGGCAUGACUUGAAGGAUGUACCUUUCCAGCAUCAUAAAAUGAGGGAGCCUAAAGUUCGAGAUUCUUUAUCAUGGGGAAGGCGGAAGAAUCAAAAUAUGUCUUCUAAGGAUGCUGGCCUUAUAUCUUCUGCAGUAUCUAGCUUAAAUAGGUUUGCCAAUGAUGGAAGCUUUAUACACAGUGCUCUUCGACAGCAGAAUAACGAUCCUGUUGGUUCUGUUGAGGGAAACGUGGAGAUGGAAUUUGCUUCAUCUCAAAUGAAGCAAUCUGGUGAAGGCAUUGGAGUGGCUAAUGAUGCAUUGAGUGCAAACCAGUUGGCAGCCAAGGCAAUUCAGCUUCGUAUGAAAGGAAAGCAUGAAGAAGCCGAUAAACUUUUGCUAGAAGCAGAGAAGAUAAAGGCAAAGCAGGGUGCUGGUGAUAAUUCAAUUAGACUGCAGAAGGAAGGAAACUCAAGCAGAUAUAUUAUGCAGGAUAGAUCUGUUCGACGAAAGAAGGAUGAGGAUGAUGCUGAUAUGCAUCUAGCUCGAAACAUAAUGCAUAACAAACAGUUUACUACGUAUGGUCAGGCAGAUGAUGAAUAUGAUUUUGAAGAUGGCCCUAGCAGAAAGGCUCAGAAGAAGGGUGGAGGUAAUGAGCAAAAGGUCACCCAGAAGAAUAUGAGACUGUUAACUCAACAAGAGAGGUGCCUUUUUUGCUUUGAGAAUCCAAAGGCGCCGAAACAUCUUAUUGUGUCAAUUGCACAAUUCACAUACUUGAUGUUGCCACAUUGGCAGCCUAUAGUGCCUGGUCAUUGCUGCAUUGUACCACUGCAGCAUGAAUCGGCCACAAGAAUUGUGGAGGAUAAUGUGUGGGAAGAAAUUCGCAACUUCAAGAAAUGCCUUAUUAUGAUGUUUGCAAAGCAAGAGAAGGAUGUGGUGUUUCUUGAAACAGUGAUGAGCUUGGCACAACAACGUCGCCAUUGUUUGAUUGAGUGUAUACCUUUGCCCCGAGAAAUCGCACAACAGGCUCCUUUAUAUUUUAAAAAGGCAAUUGAUGAAGCCGAGGAUGAAUGGAGCCAACAUAAUGCAAAGAAGCUCAUUGAUACAAGCCAAAAGGGGUUGCGUGGUUCAAUUCCCAAAAACUUUCCAUACUUCCAUGUUGAGUUUGGUCUAUAUAAGGGAUUUGUCCAUGUAAUAGACGACGAGAAACAGUUUAAGAGCAGCCUCGGCCUUAAUGUCAUAAGAGGCAUGCUACAGUUGCCGGAGGAAGACAUGCAUCGUCGCCGAAGGUAUGAGUCCAUUGAAGUUCAAAGAGAAGCAGUUAAAAGCUUUGUCCGAGACUGGGAACCUUUUGAUUGGACAAAGCAGCUUCGGCAGGCAUCGUGACAUUGUUGAAGCUUGCGGUUAGAUCUCAUUGCUUGCAGCUGCAUCUUUCAUUCAGCAUAUUUAACGGAUGCAGGAAUCAGGAUGCUACUAGCACAAAAGACGCCCUUUUCCACAGGAAUAUCCUAUAUUUUAACACAUUGAUCUGGAACUGUCUGUGCAGGACGUGCGCAGAGAGAGAGAGAGAGAGAGAGAGAGGUGCAAAUUUGUAGAUUUCUUCUAUUAUGUGAGCUCUAAGCCGGAACAGAACUUGUCCGUCUACUUAACACAGAUUAUAUUUGCUUACAGUAACACUGAAGGUGAAAACAAAUGAAAACGUGCGGAUGCUUAGGUUAAAUUAAAUCUGCUGGCACUUGACCGCUAGGAAGGGUACUAAAUGUAAUCUACACUACUGAAAAAUAGUUUACACCUGCUCUGUUGAGUCUAA